AUGAUCCGACGGCUGCAAACGGUAGUGAAACGAAGUUUGUUGCAGUCAGGGAGCAGGUUUGAGAGGAGAUCUUUCAGAAUAGAUUGUAGCGUUCGCUUGAAGGAACAUUAUGAGAACAAACAGCAAAAUGCCGAUGACAUCUAUCAUCAUGAACAUUUCAACAAGAAACCAAUGCAACAAGACAAUGGAUUCGAAAAGACCAAGGAGGCAGAGAAAUUCCACGAUUUACCUCCUCGAUCUAUCGAUCAGAUCUUGAGCGAAGCUGCGGGGCCAAACAUCUCUGCAGACUGCAAAGCGUCUGUGAAGGAGAACGUGAAGGAGAACGUGGAAGAUUCGAGUGUAAAGAGACCAGAAAGUCAGGUCGAGAACUCUCUUCCACAAGAUGAAUCCAACAAGAUGUCCUUGAAAACAUUCAUACAAAAUUUGCCACCAUUCGCAAAGAUGAACAAGCAAGAAGUUCAAGAAACAAGCUCUGAAUUCUUCAAGGACCAAUAUUCACGGACAACCAAAGCUGUUGGCAAGGUGCUGAGAAAGAAACUUCAACCUGCCAUUGAGCAAGCAAUCCUCUACAUCAACGACAAGAGUGGGUGGACGGAGAUCGUGAAGACCUGCAGUGAAAAUGCUGCUGUUCGCCAUCCCAACAUGUUCUCCAGGAGGAAUAUCGAGCCGCAAGAUCUGAUUUCGAUAAGACAGACCAGGAGCAUAGGCAUGACAGACUUGUCGUUCUGCCGAUACCAAGAUUUACUUGCUCAAGAACGCAAUCUGGGAAUUUCUCUGCAUGAGUUUCAAAGAAAGAUUCGAAAUUCGGAGGCUGCUGUGGAAUCUGCUCUGAGGUAUGCCGAUAUGCUCUAUUGUCUGCUCGUCCCACAAUGA